CCAGUCACGUGACCACUUUCUCCUGCGGUAAUGUGAAGGAAUCACCUGAAAAUGCGGAAAGCAAAGAUUAUUUAUACUUUAGUCUUCUUCUUCUCCCUUCUCCAGCAGUCGUGUUGUGAGGUUAAUUCCCUCACUGGCUAUUUCCUCGGCUCUGAAGGCCUCGGCCUUCCCAGUUACAUAGAGAGAAUCGCUGUGAAUGAUGCCACUGUCUUUUACUAUGACAGCAGCAUGCAUUCAAGAACACCAUGUCCCGAUUGGCUCAACACUAUAGCUGGUCAAGAACUCUGGAAAGAGAGGAGACUUUCAACAGAGGACAACAGGGUAGCUAUGGCUGUAGCACUCCAAACAGCCAUCAAGCAGUUCAAUCUCACAGGCACCUUAUCAGAUAUUAAUGUAUAUCAAGCCUACGGUCGGUGUGACCUCUAUCCAGAUGGGACAGUCAAGGCAGUGUUAACCCACGGGUUCAAUGGGAUGGACUUCUUAACUGUAGAUAUUGACAGUAAGGCAUUCAUCGCAUCUGUUCCUCAAGCUGUCAAAUAUAAAAGGAUUCGGGAGAAGGAUGUAGUCAGGCUUGAGCACCUGAUGUCUUACUAUAAAAAGACCUGUUUUGACUACCUUAACGUGUCCUUAAAGAAUUCUCCAGCAGUCAACAUGAAGAAAGCUCCAGAGGUCAGGAUUUUUGAGGAGCAGAGAGCUGGUUCCACUCUCUUCACGUGUCAUGUGACUGGGUUUUACCCCAAAGCCGUGCAGGUGAAGUGGAUUGGGGCAGAUUUACAGCAGGAGGAUCUCGAGAUGAAUGAUGUUCUGCCUAAUGGUGAUGGUACAUAUCAGACCAGAAGGAGUGUGAUCAGACCUGAGGAGAACACAGGAGAUCAGCACUACAGCUGUGUAGUGUAUCACAGCAGCGUCGAGGGAAAUAUUACAGUCACCUGGGGUAAAGAAGAGAAACUCUUCCGGCUUCCUGUUUGGAUGACGUUAGUCUGCAUUUUCAUGGUUGCUGUAGUUGGGCUUGUAAUACGAUGCUUCAUUAAAAGUAAAGAUGCUGUGACCUGAAAGUGACAAUUUAUGAGAAGAUCGAUCUGUCUAUCCUCAACCUCAAACUCCUACAGUCCUCACUGUUUCUUCUUGAAUAUUGCACAAACCUCCUCUUCAUUAAGGUCAAUCUAAAUGAAAGAUGAGAAUUUUUUUUGGUACUACUUUUCUUACAAUACCUGAAGCCUAGUCUGAGCCACAAAUAAGCUCUGAACCUAUUUUCAUCAUGGAUACUUCAAAGCAAAUGGUUUACAAAAGCCAGACGACACGGACAUAAAGAAUGUGUUCAUCACUUGACCAUUCACACGAACAAAUUCUCAGUGUUUUAUAGUUUGGCACAACUUCAGCAGAAUCAAAUGUUUUGUUUUACAAUAACGGAUGUAUUCGGUUCUCAUUUUAACAAUCUCAGGACAUUGCGAUCCAAAUAAUUUUUUUUAAAAACCUCUGGAUAGUUUAACUUCUUCCACUUACAGGAACAACCGUUUACUACCUUUACUUUCAUAAUGACAGACAUGUCAUUUUAGGUUCACUGUAGCUACUGAAGAAUAUGUUUUAAGUUAAAACUUUCU